AUGACCCCCACUCCAGAUGAGAUAGCCCAAGCCGUCCUCUCCCUCUACAGCUCCCUGCCGCCAUCCUGCCGCCCCCAGUCCAGCGGUGCAGCACAACCAUGGACCAUCCUAGCAGGGUUCCUCCUUCUCCCUCCCUCAGGGCCUCCGAUCCCCAUCUCCCUCGGUACGGGGUGCAAGUGUCUUCCUUCUUCUCGCUUGCCUGUGGCAGGAGAUGUACUACACGACAGUCACGCGGAGGUGGUCGCUAGGCGAGGAGUUAUACUGUGGCUCAUGGAACAGGUCGGGACUGGGGAAUGGGUGGACCAAGUCGAAGAGGGAAGAUGGGCACUCAAGCCAGGAGUACAGCUGGGGAUGUACGUCUCCUGCCUCCCAUGCGGGGACGUGUCCAUGUCCUACCUCGCUGCUACCCAGGCCCCGGACAUGGCUUCACUCAAAGAUGCUCUUCCUGUUCCUGCAGCUGAAGGGGCAGCUCGCGGGAGGGACGGUUACACAAACUACGGUGCCCUGCGUACGAAGCCCGGACGGGCCGAUUCCCCACCUACAAUGUCCAUGUCCUGCAGCGACAAGCUCGCAAGCUGGACCUUCCUCGGUGUCCAAGGGGCGCUCCUCUCAUCCCUCCUUUCCCCAAUCUACAUCUCCCACCUCGUCAUCGGCUCCGUCCCCCCCAGCCUACGGGACUCCGCCCAAGCAGACAGUAAGCGUGCCUUCCUUGACCGACUAGCUGGAGUGCAAGGCAUGCCAGCGCCGUUCGACCAGCACCCCCCCAGCAUACACUUCACCGACCUCCGCUUCCCCUUCCCGAAGCCUUCCCAGGCCGGGCCCGCCCCUCCCGAGUCCGUGUCCUGGGUCGCUGGCGCCGGACCGGAAAUCCUCGUAGGCGGUAUCAGGAGAGGCGCUUCCCUCAAGUCGAGAAAAGGGCUUCAGCCGAGUGGGAGGUCCCGACUAUGCAAGCUCUCGCUUUUCAACAGUUAUCUUUGGCUCCGGGAACGACUUGCUCUCCCUCCUCUUCCAAGCGAUAUCACGUAUUACGACGCGAAGCAAGCCUGCGCGGCGUACACGCUCGCAAAACGGAUGCUGCGAAGCCCCGCGCACCCGUUCGCCAAUUGGGUCAUCAGCGGCCAACCCUGGGAAUCCUUCGACACCUCGGGUAGUGUCCUCCGGAACCCCUGCUCACUUAUCUAGAAGCACAUUAUAUUCUCGAGGAAAUGUCCACUGCCCGCCACCCACCCUUCCUUCCGCGUUGCGUUUCGAUCAGUGGACACAGGGGUCGUGACUAGAGGUACAGUACAGUUGCUUUAUGCAGCCCAGUGUGGGGUAUACGCAUCGGCUCGGCUUAACCGUGGCACUGCGCGGCCUGCAGUCCCGGGCCUCUCACUGUCACGACUGAGUGUACUUGGCACACUCUGGGCCGGAGAGACAGUGGAAAGUCGUGAACGAACCUGUGGAGGCAUCAGCUCAGGGUGUCGGUAUAGCAUAGACCUCCAGAAGAUGUUCCAUAUGCUGUAAUGAUUGUCAGAUGCUGUAUUCAGUGCAGAAUGAACAUCAUACUCGUCCAACAGCCCAGUGUUGGUGUCCAAUCCUGGUACAGCCAGGCUCACCCCGCUAUCCUCUGCGAACAUCUCCGCGGUCCUGUGCAGCCCAUGCUUCCUGAAAUAAUCCAUGACGUAUUGGUCCAGUCUACGUCACCAUUCUCAGUUAUCCGUUUCUGGCGCAAAGUGGAGACAUACACCUCCGCCGAGUCCGGCCACUCUGCCGGGCCGAUCUGGUCGGCCUGCACCAUCGGUCCAUACAGUUCCGGCAUCUGGCCAAUAUCAAUUUGUCGAAGUUCUGGUGCCAAGACGGAAAGUGGGUGUCUAGGAUGGUUGAACUCGGAUGGGUUAGAGUUCGGGAGUGGAGGAGUUCGCCAAUGGACCGUUUCCGGUGUGAGUGUCGGUGUCGUAUC